CCUAAUAAGGACAUCAAUAUUUGGUUGAGAAAACGUCAUGACUAAGAUUUCACACGACUACACGGAGAGACAAUAAACAAAAUUUGCCUCUCUCAUUAAACGAACCAAAAGUCAUCUACACAUCGUGGUCAUAAGUAAGUGCAUUUUUAAAAACAAGUUUCAGCCAUGCUCAUAGAGAAGCCAUUUUUAUGUUGAUUAAAUGGAUGCAGAAAAAGGGAUAUUUCAUGGAUCAAAAAAGUUGAUGGAGCAACCCCUUCCUUACUCCAAUGAAAAAGAGAACGCAGCCCCCUAUCUCCCUCAACAACAGGAACCUCUUCUGGGUGAACACACUGAAAAAUACCCACCUCAAGGUUAUCCCCCUCAAGGCUACCCCCCUCAAGGUUAUCCCCCUCAAGGCUAUCCAGCUCAAGGUUACCCUCCUCAAGGUUAUCCCCCUCAAGGCUAUCCAGCACAAGGUUACCCUCCUCAAGGUUAUCCACCUCAAGGUUAUCCACUUCAGCAACUAGCAGGGAUGACGCAAGAACAGCAGAAUAAAACAGUUCUCGUGCAAAACCAACCUCAGCCUGUAGCAGUAACAGCAAUGAUUCCAGUAGUCAAUGAUCACAUGGGACUGUCCAUUUUUGCACUGUUAUGCUGUUGCCCAAUUGGUAUUUGUGCCAUCAGCAAGUCACGUGAGGCGAGACAUUAUUACGUUGCUGGUGACAACGCACGUGCCAUGGCGUCAGCACAAACCGCAAGAAACCUGGCUUUGAUUGCUAUGGUCUGUGGAAUAUCUGGUUUGAUAAUAUUGAUAAUUUUGAUUACUAUUUAAUAAAUGAACUAAAUGCAUCAUGUCUUCUUUGAAGAUCUAACCUUUCACGGAAGUUUUAUGUAACUCAUUAUUUAUUACAAUUUACAUUAAAAUGAACUUAGGCAAAGGGAACAGACACAAUCCAUGCGAUUAUCGUAUGAAAAUGCUUGACUUACACUUGGCGAGAAAACCACGACCUUUGUUAGGAAAUCUUCAGCCAUUGAUCUGAAAAAUAUAAAAUGUAAAUAAUAAAGGUAUCUUUUGAGCAACUCAGCUGAAAAACAUAAAAUAAACAAACAUUUCAUGAAGCUGAUCAAAUUGACAGCUAUAGUACACAUGAAAAAAAUUUCACACACCCCCCUCCCUAUUUUUUUGCUAAAUAGCUAAAUUAGGGCGUUCGAAAUUGACAGGAAGUUGAAACCUUCCUCGUGGACAGUGCUUUCACUUUCAAAAUUUUUCCUACGAUAAAGGAAUUACGUAGAAAAUUCGUUCACAAGCUGCAUGAAUUAUGGGAAAUUCUAUGAAAAUUUCGUUGAUAGGAGCAUCAAGUCAUAAACGUUACAAACUGAAUGAAUAGACGGUACAAACUGAGUAUGUCUAACUGUGCACGUGAAUAGAAAGCAAUCACUUUGUAUCACGAAGUACCCUUCAAGUGAGGUUUGUUACACUAGUUUGUUAAUUGCUACAUAAGGAUUGAGAAAAUGAAAAUUAAUCAAAGAAUUUUGUAUUCCUAAUAAGGAAUAUAAGAUACAAACGAACAUGUGAAUGAGAAAAGGUCGCGUAUCACAUUUCACACAAGACACAACUUGCACUUGACGACUACCAAGAAAGACAAUAAAGAGAGAAACAAGUUGCGUUUCUCAUAAAACGAAACAAAAGUCAUCUACACAUCGUGGUCAUAAGUAAGUGCAUUUUUAAAAACAAGAUAAGAUGGACCAGCCCCCUCCUUACAAUAACGAAAACGAGAACCCAGCUCCAUAUCCCCCCCAACAACAGGCACCUCAAAAUAAAGAAGUUCACCCAUCUCAAGGUUACCCACCUCAACAUCACCAACCACAAGGUUACCCACCUCAAGGUCACCCACCUCAAGGUUACCCACCUCAAGGUUACCUUCCUCAAGGUUACCCUCCUCAAGGUUACCCUCUUCAAGGUUACCCCCCACCACCACUAACAGGGAUGAUGCAACAACAGCAGAGUAACAAUACAACAGUUGUUGUGGCAAACCAACCUCAGCCUGCAGCAGUAACAACAAUGAUUCCAGUAGUCAAUGAUCACAUGGGACUGUCCAUUUUUGCAUGUCUUUGUUGUUGUUGUCCAAUUGGUAUUUUUGCCAUCGCAAAGUCAUCUGAGGCAAGAAAUCUUUAUAUUGCUGGGGACUAUGCAAAUGCCAUGGCGUCAGCAAGAACCGCAAGAAACCUGGCUUUGAUUGCUUUGGUCUGUGGAAUAUGUAUUUAUCCAGUGAUCAUCAUUUUAUGGCUUACCACCACGGUAUAGGUCGCACCAACCUAUAACUAAAAUAAAUAUAUGAACCAUUUAUUCUACCUUAUUAUUGAAAUAUUAUUGAAAUUAAAAAGUAAAGUAAUUUUGAAUAAAUUUGUGCAUGAAAAAAAUUCUACAUUACAAAAUCCAGUAAAAUUGUAGUUUAUGAUUGUAAUCACUAAGCCCCUCUGUCGUACAGUAAAAAUGUACCAAAAUACCUCUCGUGAACACCUGAUUAUCCCUUACAACGACAAAGGUAAAAACGGUACAAACUGAAUGAAUAAACGGUACAAACUGAAUGAA